UCAAACGUGUAUGUAGACAAACUUAACCUAAAACAAAUGCAGCACACCCCGUUGCAUCCACAUUUUACGACCCCAAAUAAUCUCGUGCAACUCGGUGUUUCUAGUUUUAAAUUUUAAUCCACACAUAUAAAACACGGUGUUUCUUCUGUUUAAUCAUCCAUAACUCAUUUUCUCAAAAAAUAAAAAUCAUCAAUAAUUCAUCAUUCACCUAAAAACAUCACAAAAUACCCAAAAUAUCUGAAAUUUCCGAUCACCGGAGUUCAGAUCCCGAAACCCACACAAUGACGACGACGACGACGUUUCCAUCGCCGCUAAAAGCCAUAACCCUAACCCACAUCCGUUACGGAAGAGGCGACAAAUUAGGUCAUUUCUUAGCAUGGAUAUCACUCGUCCCCGUCUUCAUCAGCUUCGGCGGUUUCAUCUCCCACUUCAUCUUCCGCCGCGAAAUUCAAGGAAUCUUCUUCUUCCUCGGCUUAAUCGUUUCCCAAUUCAUCAACGAGUUCAUCAAAACCACCGUCCAACAAGCUCGGCCCGAAACAUGCACGCUUCUCGAAAUGUGUGAUUCUCACGGCUGGCCUUCGAGUCAUUGCCAGUACAUGUUCUUCUUUGCGACUUACCUUACUCUAUUGGCUUCUAAAGGAACUGGUUUCUCCAAAAACAUUGGGCUUAACCUACUUACUUGGUCUCUUGCUUUUUUGACUAUGUAUUCUAGGGUUUAUUUGGGUUAUCAUACUGUUGCUCAGGUUUUGGCUGGUACUGGUUUGGGGGUUUUUCUUGGUGCGGCUUGGUUUUGGAUUGUGAACAAUCUUUUGUUCCCUUUUUAUCCUGUUAUUGAAGAAAGUGCUUUUGGAAGGUGGUUCUAUGUUAAGGAUACUUCACAUAUUCCUAAUGUGUUGAAGUUUGAGUAUGAUCAAGCUAGAGCUUUUAGAAAAAAAAUCGCAUCCGAAUCCGAAUCUGAAUCCAAGUCUGAUUAAGUAAUGGGUAGAUCUCCUUGAGUUUCUUUCAGGACUUGUUUUACAGGUAUUUAUGACAGCAUUAUAUUUCCUAUAGAAGCCAAUUUGCCCAGGUUAUAAAUGGCAUCUGUGAAGAGAGCAGCAAAACAUAUUGAUAUUUUACGCUCGUGAUGAUGAUGCCUAUGAAAUGAUGUAACAGCAUAAUGUUAUUACGUGUUAUAGAUUAUAGAUAGACAUUUGAAUAUUUAAUCUUGUUUUCUAUUCGGGUUGAUGCGAAGAUACAUACAAUUCAAAUACAAAGUACAGACAACUGAGGGAAUAAAUUCCCCCAGUAGCAUGCUUUAUAUAAAAUUAUAGCUACAUAUUAAAUUAUGAACUUGAUACA